AUGGCAGACUGGUUGAGACCCGUUUUUGGACGCAGAGCACAAAGUUCAUCAGUCGGCGAACGCCCAAGCAGCUUUUCCGUCGAUGAAAGCGUCGUCGACAGCGAAGAUGGCAAUGUCUCAACUCCAAUACCACGCCUUCGACCUACCUCACGCGUUUCGUCGUAUAUUGGUAUGCGGCCUCCGACACCACCAAUUCCCCAGACACCUGAUACCUAUUUCAGCCUCAAGGAUCCUGAGAGCAUCUACCAUGAGCCUUCAAGAGAUCAGAUGGCAGAGAUGCUGAAAGUUGUCAUGAUGAACCAAAGCUCAACCACAUCUGUCCCUGUCGAGUACAAUAGCUGCAUAUUGCACGUCCUAGAAGCUUAUAAUGAACUCCGAAUAGAGUUGCGGCUGAGAGAAGAAACUAUCGAGGAGCUAAAGCACACCCACACCAAAGAUAUCAAGGAUUUUGAGAUGCUGGCUACGCAAUGGGAGACUAAGGAGAAAGAUUACAAAGCCGAAAUGAAGAAAUUGGAGAUCCUUCUGAGCAAGACGGAUGGUGGACUGGAGCAGGUCAGUCUCGCCAGGAGUAAGAGUACAGUUCAUGGCGCGCAGAGAGUGGGAGAUAGCAUCAGAAGGGAUAUUGGAACGAUCAAAGCGCGCCAUGUCGCUCGUAGUUCAAGAGAGCAUUCAAGUACGAAUGGAGAUGCCCCAAUCGAUGCUUCUACUAGUCACAGAUAUCGAGCCGACAGAUACUUCAAGACCAGAAUCAAGACCGACCCUCAAGAUCCGUCAACUGUUGACAAGGAACGUGAGCCUCCAUCCCGUAUUCUCCAGCCACGAGCUUCAACAGGCACACUCCAACUGUAUGCUUCGCCGGCACAGAUGGAAGAACCAACGGGACAGAACCAAUCUGAGACUAUAGAUCUUGCAGCUCUCACAAAUCACCAGCUCAAAGUUUCAGAGAAACAACGGGCACAAGAAGAGUUUGGAGUUGACUUUGGUUCAUCCACGGAAUCGGAAUCAAGCACAAAUACACAUAAUGAGACCUUCUCGCCAAGAGCUUUGUCAAAAGGACUUGGCGUCGGGCUCAGAAAACCGCAACUUGACCUUCCGACACGCAAAUUACCAAAAAAGCCAUCAACUUUGUCUUUGAAUGAGUCUUACGCAUCCCACUAUGAUAUCCUUUCCAAUGAGUCACCUCAGCAGAUGGGAUUUUCGUUCCGUCCUGGCGAUGACGCUGAAACCCUUGCACAAAGAAUGAGAACCGGCCAGAUACCCAGAAGACCAAUGAACUACGCUCGCCCGCAAAGCCGCAAGGAUAAUAGCUUGGAGGCAGAAGAUGAUGAACUUGCUCAGUCGCGGAGACUAGAGCUAUCACCCUACUCCAAAAUCGAUCCCAGAACCGGCGCUGGCUUGCCACACCGACCUUCUUUGAAAAGUUUACCUCGCCCCCGAGAUCUUCAAGAUUCCGAUGGCCUGAAAAGAGAUGAUUCCAGUGGUAGCUUCGUUACGGCUUUACGAGAUAAUUCUGGCAGAAGCAGUGCCAACGGCUCGCAGAACAAUAGCCAAAGACGCAAAAGGCUGGACAGGAGUACCGGGAGUAGUGAGGCAGUGUCAGCUGCGACGAAGGCUUUUGGUAAUGCUGCUGGGGCUAAGAGACCUUCUUUACAGAGGAAAUCUGGUUCCGAGCCGGUGGAUGGAGGUUCUACGGAUGGGAAUUUUUCGAGGACAAAAUGA